AAAUGAACAUACUACUCAGUCUCCAUUGUGUCUUUUAUAUUUACAGAACCAGUAUUUUGUUAGUUAUGUCAUUGUGCUCACCCUAAGUACUACAUUUCUUUUCUUGGUAGUUAGGGUUUGCCAAGUGACUAUAUACAGAAGUCAUUUCUUGGAGCUUCCAGGAAAAUUCUUAUAUGAAGUAAUGCUAUUUGGAGACUCAUACUUUGUGUUUCUCCAGAUCCUUAUCCCCUGACUUUAUCUUUCUUAUCUCAAAUGCGGAUGUGAUGCCUAAAUCUGUAGCAGACAUCCUGAAUAUACAGCAAUCUUCAGGAUGGAAGAUGGAAGAAGCUGGGAUCUGUGAUCUCCUGAAGCCAUGUGACCAGUACUGCACAGUCUACCUCUGGACUUCUUUGGAAGAUGCAAAUAAACCUUUUCCUUGUUUCAGCCACUUAUUUGUAUGCAGUUAAAACUAAUCCUUAUUAAUUUAUACAUUUUUACCUUUACUCUUAUCCUUUCUUUCUGUUAUAUCACCUUCCACUGAAAAUAGAAGUAAAAUUUUAUCUCUGAUCACAUAAUCCUUUAGAUAUUUAUCCUACAUCUCAUAAAUUUGGGGAGGACACUGGGGCAUAUAAAGUACACAGACCUUAGCAGUUAGCCUUAGAAAGAGUUAAUAACAUCUUACUUUUUUGUUAUACAGUUUCAUUUUGUGUGUACUCCCUAAUGAGGACCCCUAAUCAAUAACUCCCCAUUAAAUAAAGAAGCACUUAAUUUUAAGAAUAGAAGUACUGUCCUUACACUCCCCGGAGAGUACCGAGGCUUCUCACUGCAAAGUAACCAGAUCCAAAGUACAAAAUACUUAUUAUUGCAUCAUUAUGUGUAUUAGUCUGCAUAGUCUACCAUAUAAAAACACCAUAGACUGGGUUUAAACCACGAUUUAUUUUCUCAAGUUUUGAAGGCUGAAGAUUUGAGGUUGGUGUGGCAGCAUGACACUGCCAGCAGUUUCUGGUGAAGCUUCCUGGCUUGUAGAUGUCUGUCAUCUAGCUGUGCACUCCACUCACAUGAACUCUUGUGUGCCUGUGAGGUUUAGGGCCCCACCUUUUUUUUUUUUUUUUAAACCUCAUUUAAUUUUACCUUCUUAGGGGCUUCAUCUCCAAACACAAGGUAGAGGUUUAUGUUGGUGGUUAGAACUUCAGCAUGCAAAUUGGGGAAUGUGGCAGUGACCUAGUGCAGUCCAUAGCAUUGGGCUUGCAGAAAAGGGAAAACUCCCAAAUGACAAGUUUAAAAUAGGAACUGAAGUGAGCAAUAGAAAAUGGUGUUCUGUGAUGAUAGGUGUCAAUGUUUGCAUUAUGAUUUGGAAAUGAAGGUAAUGUGCAAAAUAUGCCUCAAACAUUAAUUUUUUUUAAAACAAGAUAGGCAUGUCUUCUACCACAUCUUUUAACAAAUUACCUCUACCUAGGUUCUAGCAAGUGCUGUUGAAAGAGGAAAAGGGAAAAGUGUUUUAUUAGAAAGAAUUCACAAGUGCUUUGAUUAUAUUGAAUAUGAUUAUAUAUGAAUAUAGAUAUUAAGAGCUGCUGGAAAUAAGUAUUCAGGUGCCAGCUAUAAACAACGAAAAUGUAAUUUUUAUGUCAACAAAUGCCACCAUUUUGUAAUUUUUAAAAAGGUGCCAUUUAAAAGCACCAGAACUUGCAAGGAGUCUACAGUACAAGAUCUCUAUGGUGAACAUUAUAGAAAUUUAUUGAAUUAUAUUCAUAGAAGAAUUCAGGAGUUUGAGGGAACUUUACAAAUUAUUUCUAAAUAUAUGUUCACCAAACGUCAAAGAACAAACAACAUACUCACUCAUGAAGAAUGAGAAAUGGAGUAGAUGCUCUCUCAGUUGGCAAGUAUUUUUUUUUUUAAACCUAAUAUGGUAUACUAUUGAUACAGAAAUAAACAAAUCCCAAAGUAGUACAGACUAGUCCGGAAACAGACUAUGCUUAUGUAGAAAUAAUAGCUGACGAAAGUGGGAUUAUAAAUCAGUGGCUAAAGUAUAUUCAAUAAAUUUGAGGAAAUUUGUCAUCCAUACCAAAAAAAAAAAAGUCUGUAUACUGUAUGCAAAAAUAUAUCUGGCUAUUUGAAUUUGUUUGUAAAAUAUAAAACUUAAAAGUUGAAAAAAAGGGACAAUGUCUUUAUGAUUUGGGUAUAUGGAUUUUUUAAAAGUGAAAGUAGCUUUUGUUUAUCAUAAGUCACUGUUAAGCAAAAAAAUAAGUCACAAGCCGAGAAGAUACUUGCAAUCAUAUAACUGAAAUAUAAUUAUUUAAAACACAUAAAAGCCUACAAAGUAAUGAGAAAAAUCUCAGUGGAAAAAAUGAGCAAAGACACAGAAGGAAAUACAAAUGACUUAAUAUAUGUAAAAGAGGUUCCCUUUGACAAUUAAGGAAAUGGAAAACAAAAGCCACAAUGAGAUUUCAUGUUAAACCUUCUAGAGUGGCAAAUGUCAACAUUUGCUAAGGGUGAAGGAGGAUGCUGUAGAUCAGUGGAAACAUGCACAGGAGAAGGCAGUGUGAAUUGGCAUUCCCAUUUGGGAAAAUGUCUUUUGUCAUUGAUGAAAUUUCACACAAUUAUUCUACCUUUAGGGCAUAUACCCUGAAGGAAAUGCUUGCUGAAUAUAUCCCAUGAAAAAUGUCCAAGGGUGCUCAUAGCAGCAAUGUACAUCAUAGUAAAAAACUGACAACAACCCAAAGGUUCACCAAGAAUAAAUACUCAUGUAGUGGAAUAUUGUGCAACUGUAUAAAAUAAUUAUAGUUAACAUUCUAAUAGGAAUAGCUUUUAGAUAUACAUGAAGUAAGACAACAUGAGAAGAGUGUAGAAGAUCUUAGUGUAAUAAAGAUUAGUAUCAAACAAGUCAAUUGUUUAUGGUUUGGUACAUGUGAUGAAACUUCAAAAGUAAAAGGGAAUGAUAAUAUUCAAGAUGAGUUAUCCUGGAAACUUGGGGAAAACAAGUAAGGGCAGGAGAGGAAGAAAUAUAUGGUGGAAUUACAGGUGUUUAUUUUGUGUAGCGCUAUUAUAUACCCUGUAUGUUUAUUAUUUUCUAGCCUAGGUAGUCUAUUAUGUUAGUGAAUAAAUGAUGAUCAUCACUAUUCCUUCUAUUUCAAUAGUGCAUGGAAUUCUCAUGUCCAGAUUUUCUGACAGAAAAUUAUUUGCCUACUGAUGUGGUUCCUUUUACAUUUUUCCUUCAAGAAAGGACACAGGGGAGAUGGGGUAUCUCCAUCAGCUCACAGAAGAUUGCUGCAAACCAUACAGUGCCCUGGCCCCUGUGUGUAAUAAGAGGACAAGAAGGAACUAUGUCUUAUUUCUACUGAUGAUGCAGGUUUCCAUUUAAUGCAGCCUGUUCUUUAACACAAACCAUGUGAUACUGUAAAAUUUGCCUUGAACUGGUGCAUGAAAGGAUACCCAGAGGAGAUUCCUUAGUAUACAAUGCAAUGUAAGGAGUAUAUAUUUUAUUGUAAUGGUAGUGGGAAGUGACUGAAGUAGUAACUAACAAAACAAAAUGAUCAAUCAGAUUUUCAUUUUGAGAAGACCACUCUUGUAGCUAAGUCGGGAAUAUAUUAUGGGGGAAGACAAGAAAUGGGGAGAAAUGUUGGAAGGGCAUCAAUUAGUACAGAUGAGAGAUGAUGACAUCUUGGAGUAGGAUGGAGGUUAUAGAAAUGGAAUAUCCAAGGCAUAUUUUAUAAUUAAAAUGUGUAAGUCAUUGAUGGGUGGAUACAGGGUGAGAGGAAAGGGAAAAAUCAAGUUAAUUCUUAGGUGGUGCCUGAUUUAAGGAACUGGAUAAUGUUAACGUUUGCUGAAACAGGCAAGAAUAAGGAAGGAAAGGUUAAUUCUUUUAAAGUGGGAAUCAACUGAGAAGUCGUUUCGGAUGUGAUAGUUUUGAGGUGGAAGGGGUGAAAUUAUGAAAGUUAGUAAAAAGUAUGAUCACACAUGAAAUGUUAUGUGACAUGUAUUUGAACAUGCUGUGUAUUCUGAGCUUUGUCCUCAUUGAAUAAUUCCAAUGGGACUAGAGGAGUGUUAUAUUUAUUUGUUCUCAUGUAAUGUGAAAGAGAUUGUAAGAUAUGAAAAAGAUCUCAAUCUAUAGAACGUAGAGUAUGAGAAAACUGAACAGGGACAAGGGUAGGUUGUAGGAUAAUCCUGGUCACUGGAGUAAGGUCUAGUUAGUGGACUCCAGAAACAAGAGAAUCUGACCUUAUUGUGAUUCCACUGCACAGAGGUCAGGAAGCAGGUGGGCCAGGUUCUCCUAUUGGCCUGAGAAAGCAAAGGGUCAUGAAGGUGAACUUAUGCCUGAGUGCUCUCCAGUGCUCCUGAGGUGUAUUGUGUACAACAUGGUGCCAAUAUUGCUGAGGUUUGCCUCGCUCAGUUGAGGGAUUCCUUGGCAUCUGUUCAGAUGAGACUAUAUCUCAUUGAGAUUUAUCAUCUGCUACUCUGUGACGUCCUUUUGAGGAGACUUAAAAGUGUCUUUCAGUGCAUAAUGUCCAUGCCCUCUCUGCUUUGUGUUUUGAUGGCAUUGAUUCCUUCUCCAUAUAUCAGACAUUGUUUCCAAAUAGUCUUGAUCACAACGUAUUAGUGGGUUUUAAAAUCAAUUUUGUGAGACAGAAGCAUAUUGAAAGAUAUAGACUAGCAUAUUAUUUUACUCAUUUUUUUGUUUAUUAUUUUGUGCACUUACCCUUCCUCCAGGAUGAGGGCUAGUGCUUUGUGGUAGAAUUCUGAUGUUUCCCUUCUGUUUGUAUGUCUCUGAGUCCUCCUCAUAGGAACUGAGGCUUUUCAUGCUUCUGAGUGAUUCUUUUGACUUCUUUGAUGCUUUCUGUGCUGAGUGGCUUCCACCCCUGUGCCCUUUGAAACUGAGUCCACUUUCUCCAUAUUCUUUGUGACCCGGAUGUCUUCCUUCUGGGUGACACUGGACACUACUCUAUUUGCAUUUCAGCAAAGAGCUGCUGAGUUUAGGUUCAUAGAUUAAAGUGACACUGCAUGUCAUCUGUUAAUAGAGCAAAACAACCUGACAGAGCCAGAGAGGACUCAGUAAACUGUGCUGUAUGGCAGACUAACUUGGGCAGAGACCAGAGACAGGUACAGUGAAGCAAGCUGAAGACAGAAUAGAUAGAUUCUCAGAAAAAAACUUGAAAUCAGCAAGGAAACUAUAUACAUUCACAGAAAGAACAAAGAUCGGGGCUGCCUGCUUGCUGAAAUGAUGGGAGCCGUUGAGGGGGUGUUUCUGGUUCUGAUUAUCACCCAGUUCAUUCUUGGAAAUCUGGGGAAUGGUUUCAUUGGUUUGGUCAAUGGCAGAAGCUUGUUCAGGAGCAAGAGAAUCUCCUUAUCUGACUUCAUCAUCACCAGCCUGGCCCUCUCCAGGAUUGUUCUUCUGUGGAUUUUCUUGACUGAUGGUGUUUUGAUAACAUUCUCUUACAAAACUCAUGAUUCAGGAACAGUAAUGCAAAUUAUUGACAUUUUCUGGACAUUUACAAACUACCUGAGCACAUGGCUUAUAACCUGCCUUGGUGUCCUUUACUGCCUGAAAAUCGCCAGUUUCUCCCACCCUGCAUUCCUCUGGCUCAAGUGGAGGGUUUCCAGGGUGGUUGUAUGGAUGCUGUUGGGUACACUGCUUUUGUCAUGUUGCAGUACCAUGUCUCUGAUCAAUGAAUUUAAGAUCAAUUCUCUGCUCCGUGGAAUUGAUAGCACAGGUAAUGUGACUGAGCACUUCAGAGAGAAGAGAAGUGAAUAUCAUCUGAUCCACAUUCUUGGGAAUCUGUGGCACGUCCCUCCCUUAACUGUGUCCCUGACUGCCUAUGUUCUGCUCAUUCUCUCUCUGCGGAGACACACCUGGCAGAUGCAGCAAAAUGGCACCAGUUCUAGAGAUCCAAGUACUGAGGCCCACGAGAGGGCUACCAGGAUCAUCCUCUCCUUCCUGCUUCUCUUCCUACUUUACUUUAUUUCCUUUAUAAUUUUGUCAUCCACUCAUUUCCUACCAGAUGCUAAAAUGGCUCAGAUGGUUGGUGAAAUAUUUACAAUGUUUUAUCUUGUUGGCCACUCAUUUGUUCUCAUUCUGGGGAACAACAAGCUGAAACAGACAUUUAUGGCAAUACUCCCUUGUAAGGCUGGUCAUCUGAAGCCUGGGUCUAAGGGAUCCUUCUCCCCAUAGUUAACAGAGGGUGCAGGGUGGAGCAUGCAAGAAUCAAUGAGAGUCAGUCUAAAGAAAUAAAAGAGCUUAGUCUAGGAAAGACCUUCCAUCUUAGCCAUUGAUUGACUGAUACAUAAAGUAGAUAUUUACUUUCUGUGUUCUUCAUUUUUCUCAUUGGUAAGUAGGGAUAUCCAUAUGUUUCUUCUAGGACUGUUUUAAGUGUUAACUAACAUUUAAGAUGCCUGGUGCAUUGCUGGAGACAGUUGGCACUUAAUACACCCCCUGUGAAGUGGAGGAUUCCUUCUUUCUUCCUUCUAAGUUCCAUGUAGUACUCUUUUUUUUUGUUUGUUUGUUCCUUGGGAAUCAACCUAGGUGGGCACUUCACCAUUGAGCCAGAUCCUCAGCCCUUUCUUUUUAUAUUUUGUCUUGAGAGAGGAUCUGGCAAGACAUAAGGCCUCAUUAAGUUGCUGAGGCUAACUUUGAACUCCAGGAUCCUUAUUCUUCAGCCUUGGGAGUAUCAGUGAUUAUAGGCACAUGCCAGGGUGCCUGGCUCCAUGUAGUACUUUUUUGAAAAAAAUUUGAAACUGUAAUUUUAGUUGUUCAGGACUGAUCUCAGAUCUCCAGAGUCAUCACCAAAUGAGCUAAGUCAUCCUUUUGCUUUGACUGUUUCCCCAGCUUUCCCUACAGGUCUAAAAAGUAGAAGAUCUGUAUCCAUGACUGCAGUGCCCACCAGUGUUCUAGUAAACCGUCAGACUUCAAGACUCACAGGUUCAUGUCUAUCAGCCUAUUCUUACCAACAGAGCAAUGUCAGGUCUUUCUCUUGUGCAAAGUUCUUGGUCCAGGCUGCAGAGUAAGGUGCAAAGAGGAGAGAUUUACAUCAGGGUGAAGGUGUGAUCUUCCUUGAAUGGAAACUUCAUGUCCCAAAGUAGCCAAUUUCUUUUGUAAUAAUUUUGUAGACAUGGCUUCCAGCAUCCAGUUAAGGGACAUGCACAUGAGGAGUCACCACAUUCAGGGUGGCCCAAUGUAUGUAGUCUCCAUAAGAUAUUUAUUGUUCACAUUUAGUUCCUUCAAACCAAGGUGUAAUUUUCCAAUCAGAAGACUUGGGGUGUGUGUGUGUAAACAAUGUAGUUGAUGAUCUUAUCUCUAUUAGAUUGACAAGGAAAACAGACAUGUCAAGUUUAAUCGAAAGUCAAAAUCUUGUGCAAUGAAAGAGUUUUGCUAACACUUUUCCUAUACUGAUCCUUUGAGAAAUAACUUCUGACAGAAUCCUCUCACUCACUGAUCACACUAGUCAACCUGAUCAAAUCUUCAUUAUAAUAUUUCCUCCUAUAGAAAGCUAUUUUAUUUAUCACACUCUGGAUGGGGUCUGUUAAAAACUAAUAGCAGGUUUCCCAUUUUUUUGGAAUAUGGUUUUCUUAUAUCUUAAGCUAUAUACUUUGUUCUGUUUCAGUGUGUUAUUUGAAUAUGUUUUAUUUCGAUUAUUUUAAUGCAGUCAUAUAUUUUGGGUAAUGAAGUAGAGAUCUAUGCUAUAAUUUCCCCUUGGAUCAUAGCCUUACUUCUUCACUAACUAGUUUUACCUGUUUCGCUGAUGUGAGUAUACCUCUGUUAGUGCCCAUUAAUUUUGUAUAAAAAGCUUCUGUAAGCAACUAGGCUCCACCUCAGGGAAUUUCUUAUAGGAUUGCCUUCCUGUCACAUCAUAUCUUGGCUCCUUCUGCUUGUCCAUUCCUAUUUGUGUUUGGCAAUAGGACUUUGUGUUUCACCUUGAUGCAAAUUUGGUAAGAUAUAUUUGGUCACAUCCUGGAUUGCACUGUGGUUUCAAAUUAAAAACAAACAAACAAACAAACAAAAAACUAUAGAGUAGAUAAGAGAUUCCAUACUCUUGCAGUACUCAUCUGUGGUUCUCCAUAACAUCAUUUGCCCUUUCAUAUCUAAUAGUGACAAAGUAAUCAGGCAAAUAGUUGUUUGAUCCACAAAACUACAACUAGUACUGUAUAUCUCAUUCAUUGUCAGUUGAAUGCAUACAGGGAGAUAGCCACAUAUGACCUAAGUAUGGAUGCAGAUUUUUAAAGGAAACACAUGAAAAGCCUGACUUUUUUCUUACACAAAAAUAAGAACACAGCAAUUGAUAGUGGCAAUAAUUUGUAUAUGUAGCAAUAAGGGAAUGCAAAAUAAUUAUCACAGAAAGAUGGGAAUAAGAUUGAUUGUCUCUGCUGGGCACGGUGGCGCAUGCCUAUAAUUCCAGUGGCUCGGGAGGCUGAGGAUCCUGAGUUCAAAGAGAGCCUCAGCAAAUUAGGCUGUAAGCAACUCAGUGAGACCUUGUCUCUAAAUGAAAUGCAAAAUAGGGCUGGGGAUGUGGCUCAGUGGUUGAGUGCACCUGAGUUCAAUUCCCAGUACCCCCCCCAAAAAAUACUCUAUUAAAGAGGAUCAGAUUCUAGAACUUAAUUUAUUAGACAACAGUAAAUCACUGUAUGUGUUAAGGGAUAAAGCAGUAAUAAACGAGAAUAAAAUCAUGGCAUUUUCAGGUAAAUGGAUGUCAUUGGAGAAGAUAAUGCUAAGUGAAGUACGCCAAUCCCAAAAAACACAAAUCCCGAAUGUCUUCUCUGAUAUAAGGAAGCUGACUCA